GCCGUAGCCGUGUCUCCCCCGUGUCCGUUUGUAUUUAAGUUUAUGUGUGUACCCGUGUCAUAGGCUGUGCCGUGAACCGGGAAAACCAGCAAACGUAAAACAAAAACCAAAAUAAAAAAAAAAAAAACCGAGAACCAACCAAAUUGCAAAAAAUAAAUGUGCGGCGGGUGGCGGCUGGAGCAGGAGCAGACGCAGACGCAGCCGCACCAACAGUCCCGACCAGACAAAAGAAAGAGGACUCGGAAAAAGAAAAGAAAAGCCAGGAGGUCGAAACCGCAAUCGCAAUCGCAUUCGGAAUCGCAAUCGCAAUCGGAAUCGGAAUCGAAGAGGAGCUCCCAUUAGGGAAUCAACGCGAGCAAACCAUCGAACAACCAAAUAAUAGAAUAAGCAAUAGCAUCCUUCUACUUGUGAAGGACACACACAAUACAAUAUAUAUUUAGGACGCUUUAAAGGAUACCUAGAAUAAGGUUUACGAAAUACGAAUACACGUAAUGUGUGUUUCGUUGGGGAAAAUCAACGCUUCAUAAAUUACGAUUUACGAUUUAGUGAAUAGACAAAUUUAAGAACCAACAACCAUCGGGUGUUUUAUAUCCCGCCACACGCCACAGGGAUACAGGGAUACUGGGCUACUGGGAUACAGGAAUACAGGAAUACGAGGGUACACGGGGAAGGAGACGACUGCAGAAGGAGGCUCGAGACCCUCCCAACAUCACGGCAAAGUGCGGCCGUAAUGGGUGGUGGCUUUGCGGGGCCACCAAUUACAUUAGCAACCAGCAACCAGAGCCCGGCCUUAGCCAGAGCCAGAGCCAGAAACACCAAGGCCCCACAGCCUCAACCACACCCCAGCCCCAACCCAUAUCCGCGGACACAAACAGAGACGCAAACGGAGACGGAGACGGCGACGGAGACGGAGACCAGGUCCUCAACCAUCGCUCCAAUGCACGAGAAACUCCUGGAGAAGGAGGAGACGCGCAAAGAAAAGACUGAACGGGCAACAAGUCUGCUUGGCGGCAAGGUCAAGGAGAAGCCGCCCAAGGACAAGCCACCCAAGCAAUCGAAAUUCGCCGAGCGGCUGCGACGCUCCUUCCGCCGCGGCGACCAUCGGUCGCUGGAGAUCAAGCGUCAGGAGCCCACGCCGGAAGAGCUACAGGCCAAGAGCCGUGCCACUCCACCGCUGCCGCUGCCGCUGCCGCUGUCGUCGGAGAACAACAACCUGGUCGGUGGCAGGCCCCCCUCGGCCUUCGCCCUCAGCCAGCUCCAUCUGCCCGGUGUGGGCCUCGGCGGACACAUCAAUCCCGCUUUGCUGCUGGACAGCCCCGACGAGUGCACGCCCCCGGAGUACGCCUACCGGCACCUGAGCAGCGUCGCCACCACCAACUCGAGCACCUCCCUGGAGAGCAACUGCGAGCUGGGAGAUCUGAGCGGCUCCCAGACGAGCGUCUUCUACUGGGCCUGUGGCCAACAGACGACCACCGCAUCCAUGGGCGGAGAGGUGAGCACGGCCAACGGUGCGGGUGCGACUGCGAGUGCGGGUGCGGGUGCGGGAGCAGCAACAGGAACAGGAUUGGAUGCACAAGAGCGUAGCAAGCGACGCCUGGAGACACAGAGCAGCAAUCGGAGCGACCAGCAGCCGAUAUCCAUUACAACGACCACAUCCUCGGCACCGGCCAGCGGCAGCCGGAGCUGCAGCCUCACCAGCGAGAGCAGCUCCGUGCGGCUCACACGACUCCAGAACUUCCUGUUCAAGAGCAGCAACGAGAGCUCGAGGAGCUGCCAGGGGCAUUCGAACGAGGGCUUUACCGCCUCCUCGCACAACUCCUCCUCGGGGGAGUGGGAGCAGAUGGGCGCCCACGGGCCGCUGUCCAGCAGCAGCGGUGUGGGCUUCCACGGUGGCUCCUUCCCAGAGGAGAGCACACCCGAUGAGACCGAUGCCACGGACGCGGGCAGCACGCUGCCGGUGGAGAGCGGCGAGGCCGGAGGCGGCUACUACCAGUACACGCUGACCUCCCCGAACAACCCCUUCCUGCCGGAGAUCACAGCCCGCACCUACCACAGCACCUACGAGGAAGAUGGCCUGGAGCCGAUGGAGGAGCUGCAGCUGGAUGGGAACGUGACGUCCGUGAAGUACAAUGCCAGUGCCGCUGGCACGCGGUCCGCCCAGCUGCCGACCCCCGCCUACAGUCGCGCCGGGUCCCAGGAGUCGACGCACAGCGAGAGCGGCGUCAGCUGUCCCCCUGGGCCGAGUCCCAGUCCAGCCUCCAGCUCCUCCUCGACGCCCGGACGGCACAGGCGCAAGCUUUUCAGCCUGAAUUCGCCCACUCGUCUGCUGCACCAUGCGCCCGUCGCCCAGUCCCAGCCCCCGCCGUCGGCCUCGCCACCCGCCGGCACCCAGCAGGAGAGCGGCGGCCGGUUCCAUUCUGGCAGUCUGGUGCGGAGUCUCAAUCCCUUCCUGCCCACCGCCUCCUCGCCCAAGCGGGGCUCGCCCCUGAAGCAGUCGGCCGUCACCUCGCCGGGCGCCGUGACCCCGGACCUGGGCACGAAGCGGGAGGAGUUCCUGCGGGCCACCAUGAAGAUUUGCCUGGUCGUCUCGCCGCCCAGCAGCAAGCUGCAGCUGAAAUCGAAAAGCCUCACGCACUUGGAUGGCCUCGACACGGUGGUGGCCUGCCAGCACGGGCCCGGGGGGACUGCAGCAACAACAUCGGUGGUCCAGGCACCUGGGGCAUCUGGGGCACCUGGGGUGUCCUCCGGGCAUCAGCAUCAGCAUCAGCAUCAUCAUCAGGCGGCAGCAACGACACCGACGGCGCUUGGCCGGCAGCCCCAUGCGACGGAAAAGAACGAUCCGGCGAGAGUUUGUCCGCUUUCAGUACUGGCGCCCCAGUCCGUGCCCCAGUCCGUGCCCCACCCACCCACAAUUUACACCCAAGCACCGCAGAUCGUGCGUCGGGCACCGUCGCUGAUGCUCUCACUCUCGCCCACGCUCGACAUAACGACAACGGCCGCGUCCGCCUGCUUUGCCGGCACCGGUCGUCCCACUGUGCACUCGAGUGCCAGCUCCUUGCACCAUCAUCAGCAGCAACAGCAGCAGCAGCAACAGCAGCAGCAGCACCAGCAUCAGCAGAACCAAAAGCACCCACAGCAGCCUGCCAUGGCUGCCACGGCUGGCACGGCGGCCACGAGUAGUUGCCCCAGUGCCACCAGUGGCACAGCGACAACUCAUUCGAUACCCUCCUCCUCCUCCUUCAAACACUUUCAGUAUCCUGGCGGCGAGGCGCAGGCUGCGGCGACCUCGUUGAGCCCCUACAGCAGCACGCCUACUUCGGGCCCACCGCUGACUUCUCCGUCAGGCCUGUCGGCGACGACGUCGGCGACUGUCAAAAAGAAAUCCUCAUUUCUGCAGCGCAAGAAACCGCUAUUGACACGCAGCGAGGUAUCCAGUUCCGAGUUCUUUUCCGUGUCGUUUUGCAUGGACUCGUCCCAGCAUCCGGACGAGGAAUUCAUACCGGCCACAAAAGGUGUAACCCUACUUAAUGCCCUCAGCCAUGCCCUGCGGCGGAGAAACCUCACCUUUUCGCAGAUCACGAUAACGGACAAUAAUCCCACGCCCAGUUUUUUAGAUGCAGGUCCCUCGCCCGCAACGAGCUCCGUGGAUGAGCAAACCGACGUGGAGAACCUGGCUGGCCACCAUUUGUGCAUCACGGAACGGGGCUCCAAUCGCAAGCCACUGCAGAAGGCGGCCUCCUUUGGAUCCCGACAACCGCCGCCCCGCCUGCUGCCCUCCGCCUCGACGGAAGAGACCAGCGACGCAGCUGUGGCGGCAGGCAAGCAGAUCAAACAGCGAUGGUCCUCCCUGUUCGGCAUCAAGAACCCCCAGCAGAGCCAGCUGUGUGAGCUCCUAAACAGCUACUCGCGGAGUGGAGUGCCGCAGCGGGCGGAGGGUCUCAGCUUCGAGCAUCCGGACCUCGACAACUCGCUGGCAUACCUGCAGAACAUGCACAAGUCCUGGCGGGACUUCGUCGAGAGCGAGGCCAUGCCCGAGAGCGAGGUCAAGAUCCAGACGGCCAUAUGGGAGCUGGUCACCACCGAAGUGUACUACAUACACGCCCUGCAAACGGUGACGGAUCUUUUCCUAGCUUGUCUGGAGGCCGUGCAGACGGAACGCCUGCUGAUUGAUGUGGACCAGGCGCGUCUGUUCUCCAAUGUGCGGGCCGUCUGCGAGGCGAACAUAAAGUUCUGGACCAUGUGGCUCUAUCCGAUGGUGGCACACAGUGUGAUGACCCACGAGCCCCUGCGAUGCGCCUUCUUCCAGGAGGGAUUCAUUGCAUUCGCCUCAAUCUUUGCGCCAUACAAAAUCUACUGUGCCGAGCAGAGCACUUGCCAGUUCUACUGUAAGGAGCUCAACCAGAACAAUCCCCUGUUCACCUCGUAUCUGGCGUGGUGCGAGUCUCAGAAGAUGUGCAACCGCCUGCGGCUGGCCGACAUUGUCGUGCGGCCGAUGCAGCGCUUGACAAAGUACAGCCUCCUGCUGGCCGCCAUCAAGAAGCACAUGGGGGACGUGGAGGAGAUCGAAGCCAUUGACGUGAUGAUGCACAGCGUCGAGAACUUUGUGGGCAGCGUCAACAAUCACCUAACGAUGCGGCAGGAGAACGAGCGGCUCAAGGGCGUGAUGGUGCGGAUCGAAUCGUACGACGUUGUGGACACCAACAACGAGGGUCUGGACAAGCUCAUCAAGCAGCACAGCCAGAUGUUCGAUCUGUGCGCCCCCAUGCGGGGCUGCCCGGCAUAUCAUGUGCGGCACCUGUUCAUGGAGGGCGACCACAAGUUCAAGGACAACCUGGGCAAGUCCGAUGUGCACUGCUUCCUCCUGACGGACCUACUGCUCGUCUGCAAGACAAUGGCCAAGCGGGGCUUGGGCGCCCUGAAGGUCAUCCGACAGCCGUACCUAACCGACCAGCUAAUCGUCAACAUGGCUCCCAAUAACACCAUCAACUGUGUCUACCUUAACGAGUUCCAAGUGGCCACCACAGCGUUCACGCUGCAGUGCACCGAGGCCAAAAACUGGUACGACGCGAUGUGGCGGGCCAAGACCAUCUACCAAAGACUGAAGCGCGGCGCCGGCGGCGGCGGCGGCGGUGGCACAGUGGGUGACAGCUUCCGCUUUGGAGGCAGCGGCACAAGCGGCGGCACUGCCGACUCCCUGGGGGUGCGCAAGUCGCCCAUGAACUCCUCCAUCUGCAGCCAUGUAUCCAGUGCGAACAACAGCCACAGCGGCAGCGUCGAGUGGAACGAUUCGCGCAACAUAUCCGUAGACUUUGAGAAGACAAACUCCGUGUCGAGCGACGAGGGCUCCGGCAUGAUGACGGGCAACCAUGGAAUGGCCGGGAAGGGAAAGCAGCAACUGAUUAGCGGUCUGCACAAGGCAAAGAUAGGGAUGAUUGGGGCCAUUGGCUCCAAGUCGGCGAAUACCCUGACUGUGCAGCCAUUGAACCACCUGGGGCAGAGUCUGCCCAACCUGAACAUGCACCACAGUCACACUAACAAUACCCUGCUCGUGCCGGGCACGACCACUAGCCACUCGGGCAACAUGUUGUUGUCGCCCAGCCAUCGUGGCAUUUCCUAUCCGCCGCCGAGCCCAACGAGAGUGCCGCUGCGCCGUGGCAUGGCCUUCUCGACCUCCACCAAGAAUCCGCCACUGCGGAAGACGCGCAACGUCACCUCCCAGAACAGUAUUAACUGGCACCAGAUACCGGCCACACCGACGCCCACGCCGCCCAGUCCCCGGUCGCAGCACACCACCACCCCGGCCAGCAUUGCCCUGCAGAAGUCGCUGCCUGUGCUGGACCCAUCGUUGCCACCGUUGCUCCACAAGCAGCUCUCCCACCAGGCACCCCUGACGACGUCCAGCACCGAGACGGACGUAUGAUGUGGAGCCAAUGCCCACCUCCGGCGACCGGCGACCGGCAAGCUGUAAUCUUAAGAUAGAUUGCAUCUUACUUGGAGCUGAUCUGACCUAGAUGCAUGCAACCAUAGAAACUAUAUAGAGCGUGUACUUACCUUACCUUACGAUUAACCUGUCACAAAUUAGCAAUAGCACACAGAGAGCACUUUUCUAUUAGGAACUUGUAUUGUGAGAAACGGCACUUUUGGGUCCAAAGCUGAUAUUUAAAUAAUGUACAUUCCAAAACUACUACUACUACUACUACUACCACCACUACUCCUCCCCGCGCCAGACCACCUAGCCUUUCAAGCUUCGACAUUCAAAACACUGAACACUGAAACACUCAGCCAUAUUACGAGUAUUCUUCCCAUAACGAUAUAAAGACAAAUAAAGAUUAAUCAACGGAUUUUUUUUUUUUUUUUUAAGUCAUUUAGUUGGUUACAACUAAGGCUGUUACAACCAACGGAAGAAGUUAUUUCUAGUACUAAACAAUAUUACAAUACGAGUAUGCAUAGUGCAAUGCCAUAUAUACAAAACUAUUUAGAUCGAGAUCCCAAGCUUUAUAAAAGUGUCUCCAUGUAAGUCGAUUGAUGUAAGUCGUUACGUCUCCAUAAGUAAAAAAGAUUACUAUGUUAUGGUUAAAAAAUAUCAAUAAACACUCAUGAUUAUCGUACUUACUGCAUGUAUAAAACAUGCGAUAUACAUAUAUCCACGAUAUAAUAUAUAGGUACAAACAUACAUAUAUACACAGUCUAUAACCUAUGCGUGGAUACUGCGUUGGCAAUAGUGGGAAACUUUAAGAUAUGAUAUGCUUGUCCCCCCAAAGUACUGUACGUUCCCACUUCAUAGACUUAUAUGCUCUAUCUUUCCGAAAUAAUUCAGUUGAAUGUUGUUUUCCAUACCCAUGUAGAAAAUACAAUAUUGGGUAUGUUAAGCAUUCCCAAUAGAUUAGGAAAAUAUAAAAGUAGCUUAACGUUAUAUCGACGUAUGUAUACCAAACUAGAGUAUUAGCCGAUCAUCGGCCACCGUGCAUGACAUAAUGUUACUUGGGACUUUUAAAGGAUCUAAAUUCUUCUCCCUUCACAAAGCUGUACUGAAUUGGAGUUUGAUAUGGGUGAUACGAUUUGUGAUGUGAUGGCCUUCUGUCUGUGCUGAAAGAGUCCACUAUAAGUAGCAGGUACAUGGCUUUGCAAUCUUCUGGUAACAUUCCAUAAUAUCCAUCCUUGAAGCAUUAGAAAACAUAUGUAUACUAUCUUUUCUGCUAUAAGAUUCUAAGUGGGAACAGGAGUGCAUAGAAGUAACAAUAAAGUUUUGGUUGGGUUGCAAAAUCCGUAGAAAAUCAAAAAGUUGAUAGCUUAUAUCUUUAUACUGAUGUAUAUCGGAGUGGCGGCACAUAUUUCCAAGUCCCAAAGGUAUUGACUAAUAACGUUCAUAAGUAACUAAGUGUAGACUAGUACUGUUCUUCCUACAUAAAUUAUAUUAGGUGGACAUUCUGGAGCAGCAAUCGCAGGUGUUUGCUCCAGGAUUUUGUAUAUAUUACCUUCGGGAAAGCGUGACACAAGUUCUAAAUUACAUAUAGAGAAACAAACGAAGACAUAUGUAUGUAUACACACACAACCACACCCACAUACACACAAGUGGUAUAUGUAUAUGUAUACAGAAACUAUUCAUAUAUUUAUAUUUGUAAACGUGUACAAAAGAGAUGAAUACAUCACGGUAUUCGGGGAACAUAUAAAAUAUAUUAUAAUAUACAUAUGUAUGUAUAUACAUAUAUGAAACCGCAAUAAACAAUGUUAACUGUAUUUGUAUGUAUUUAUUGAUAUAUGUAUGUAUGUUUUAUGUAUAGGGCUGCUUAGAGCUGAGAUCGUAUUUUAGAGUUUAGUUGUAGCCCCUUCCCCCCCUACAUUGGCGUACAAAUAUCUAAUCUCUAGUUUAGAGUAAAAGAGUACCUAAAUGGACACUUGGAUGAUAGAUACCCUAUAUAACACACCUACCCGCAAAUGGUAAUUAGAAGUUGAACUUAAAAUGUUAUUGAAAACUAUAUCAAAAACGCAAUUUAUUUACAAUGGAAUA